AUGGCCCAUGGGAGCUGCGUGAGUCAGCCCAUGCACUCAGUGAUGGAGCCCGCGGAGGGUCCCACGGGGAUGAGGUGUAUCUGGGAGCGACGCAAAGAGCUCCUUAGGAGAGGCGUCCCAAAGUCGGACACUCUGGACAAUCUGAGGGAGAAGAUUCUGGAACAGAGGCGGGUGAGGCUCAGGACGUUGGCCAAUCAGAGGAGGACGCCUGUUGAGGAAGGAAUAUUGGUGAACAACAAGGUCCAGCACGGGGUCCAGAUGACCAGAAAAGUUUGCAGAGUGACCUUCUCUCUCAAAGGAGGAGGUUCUGGUGGUGGGAUGGCGGUCAGAUCGUCGUCCAGAGGGGCUUCUGAGAGGGAGUCCUGUGCGAAGAGAGGACCAGCGAGAGGACCAGCGAGAUCAGACGCUCCCAGCCCUCCUCCGCUGCGAGAGCAUUCAGCUAACAUCUCCGCCUGGCGUGACGCCCAAAAACUUAUGAAGCACUUCCUGGGGUCAACGAGGACAGCACUCACCAGCACCAAAGAGAACGUGGCACCCUCUCCACAGCGUGCCAACAGCUUGACCGCACCUGUUGGGCCACAAGGUCUGAUUAAUAAGCCAGGUAGCACAGAUGAGUCAGAGGCUCUGGACUGUGAUCAGAGAUGUCUAGACCACUUAGUGCUUCAGCCCACAUCAGCCAAGACUGGGAUGAAGGGAAUCCGUAACCUUCCUCCUCCCAAGACUGGAGUGAAGGGAAUCCGUAACCUUCCUCCUCCUAAGACAGUUGGGAAAGAGAAACACACAAACACACACAAACACACACAACUGCAACACACACUCACACCAGUGGCUGAGAUCACAGAAUCACACACACAACCUGGACACACACAUGCGGCCGGCAGAUGGCCCAAGCCCGAGCUGCAGGAGUACAUGCGACGCCAAGGGGUCAAGAGGACGAGGAAGAUGAGACGACAGGCGAGGGAGGCCGAGGAGGAGGAGGAGAGGAGGAAGAACAGACUCCAAGAAGUGACCAGGAGACAGAGAGAGGCGCUGGCACGCAGCAGGAGGACAGUGGACACUCCCUCAGCGGAAAGGAGUUCCCCUGGCUCUGCUGUAGCACAGAGGGAGGCUGUUUCCUGGAGCCAUGUCAGAACAUCCCUGCACACAGGAGGGACCGCACAGACUAGCGUGACCCCAGCAGCUGGGACAGGAGGGCAGGUGGGGUCACCUGGGCAGGUGUGGGGGCGUGUCCUGGCGCAGACCCAGAGGGAGAGAGCGGAGGCACUGAGGGAUGCCGCGGCCUCUCUGGACGCUCGGCUGGAGGACGCUCUGGCUCUGUGUCGGCCUCGGGAUCCGGGUCUAACCCCACACACAGCACUGGACUCUGGCCCAGAUCUGUCCCAGAUGAGGCCCACAUCCCAGACUCCCGCUAGAGCCUCACCGCCCACAGACACAGUUCCCAGUCAGGAUCACAGACCCCAAACACCCGCUAGAGCCUCAACAACCACAGACACAGUCCCCAGUCAGGAUCAGGAUCACAGACCCCAAACACACGCUAGAGCCUCACCGCCCACAGACACAGCCCCCAUUCAGGAUCAUAGAGGCUCUACACAGAGGUCAGUCUUCAGUGCAGGACUUCAGAGAGAUGGAUGCACCCAGUCAAACAGUAUCAUGGAGGCACUAGGUGUUGGGGACUCUGCUCUAGCUGGAGAUUGGGUGGGUCAUGCAGAGAGGCCUGUGUUAGGCGGCAGUGACACCAGACCCACAUCAUGUCCUUGUUCUGUCAGUGAGCUAGGGCUGGGGGACCCUGAGGCCCUCACUCAGAUGAACAGGAAGAGGGAUGAGGUCAUCAGGCUCUACCAGCAGGAACAGGCUGAGAUCCACUGGCGGAACUCCUACAGACUGGGCCGGACCCAGCAGCAGCAGAACCACAUUCUCAGCAUGCGGAGAACCACAGUACGCCUGACACACGCCGCACAGAACCGGAGGACACCUGAGGAAGAGGAUAAGCGCGUAGGGACCGCCGAGACGUCCAUCCACGUGAAGAGGACAUCAGGAACGCCCACACAGGCCUGCCCAGAAGGGACUCUGUAA